AUGAAGGAAUCACAAUUUGAGAUGCCAUGGUGGUUAUCUUUCGACCAGUUAAGCACAGAAAAACCACGAUUUGUGAUGCACGACCUCAUCAACGAUUUGGCCCAAAGGGUUGCAGGAGAUAUAUGCUUCAGAAUGGAGGAUCGAAUUGGGGGUAGUAAUGGAAGGAGACUUCCUAAACAGGCUCGGCACUCUUCUUACCUGGGUGGCGAAUACGAUAGAACUAAAGAUUUUGAGGCUUUUUUUGAGGCUUCUUUUGAACUCAAAUGUCUGCGUACAUUCUUGCCUCUUAUGCUUCCACGUCCUGGGGCAUGUUAUUUGACUUCUAAAGUUCAUCUUCAAUUGUUGCCAAAACUAUUAUGUUUAAGAGUGCUCUCUUUGAGUGGUUACUGCAUAGUUGAGCUACCAAAUUCGAUUGGAGAUUUGAAGCAUCUACGGUACCUUGACCUUUCUUACACUCGAAUUAGAGGAUUGCCUAAAUCGACAACCACUCUUUACAACUUACAGACAUUGAUAUUGGAGAAUUGUUUUUAUCUAAAAGAAUUGCCUUCAAAGUUGGGAAACCUAGUCAACUUGCGCCAUCUCAACAUUCUAAAUGCAAAUAAGCUCGAAGGAAUGCCUCCUCAAAUAGUGCGCUUGGAAUGGAGUGUCAACGUGAAUGAUUCACAAGACAGAUCAAGUGAGUUAGACACACUUAACAUGCUACAUCCAAAAAAGUCUUUGAAAGAGCUCACUAUCAGGGGCUAUGGUGGUAUAAAAUUUUCGACUUGGUUAAGAGGUCAUUCCUUUCCUCAUGUAGUGCUGCUAAGGAUUGAAAAUUGUAAAAAGUGCACAUCAUUGCCACCGAUCGGUCAACUACCAUCACUCAAACACCUUUUCAUUGGAGGCAUGGCGAGUGUGAAGAAUGUUGGUGUUGAGUUUUAUGGGAAAUGUUCCUCACUACCUUUUAGAUUGUUGGAGACUUUGUGGUUCAAGGAUAUGGAGAAAUGGGAGAAGUGGAGUCCUAAUGGAGGGUUCCCACACUUGCUCGAGCUUUCUAUUCUAAGGUGUCCCAAGUUGAGGAAGUUAGGAAUCGGGCCAUUACCAUCACUCAAAGUCCUUUCCAUUGCAGGCUUGGCUAGUGUAAAGAAUGUUGGUCAUGAGUUUUAUGGAGAAGAUUGCUCACAGCCUUUUAGAUCCUUGGAGACUUUACGCUUCGAGAGUAUGAAGGAAUGGGAGAACUGGAGCCCUAAUGGAGAGUUCCCACACCUGCGUGAGCUUUCUAUUAAAUAUUGUCCCAAGCUGUUGGGGCAGUUACCAAACCACCUUCCUUUCCUAAAAAAAGUUUUGGUUGAAGGCUGUAAGAGAUUGGUGGUUUCAAUUUCAAGCUUUCCUGAACUUUGUGAACUAGACAUUGAGGGAUCGAAGGGGGUGGUGUGCAGAAGUAAGGUUGACUUCAGCUCACUAAACAUGGGUUCUCUUCCAACAAUUUCAGAAUUCACAUCUCCAAUAAAAGGGCUUCUUCUCGAAGGACUAACUCAUGUAAAAGAUCUAGCUAUUAAAAAUUGUGAGGAGUUGACGCCUCUGUGGUCAAAUGAUGUGGGAUUACUACAACCCUUCCCCUAUCUUCAUGUUCUAAAGUUUGAGAACUGUCCGAAACUAGUUUCUUUGAUAGCAGAAGAAAUAAAAGAGCAGCCACAAUCGGAUUUGCCUUCCACACUGAGAGAAAUUUGUAUCUCUCGUUGCAAUGGCCUGGAGUGUUUUCCCAAGGCAGUGAUGUACAACUACGGGUGUCUUGAGGAUAUUAAGAUUUAUGGAUGUGACUCGCUGAAGCAAUUUGCAAUAGGCCAGCUACCUUCAACACUAAAACGGCUAGAGAUAUGGUCUUGCAGGAAUGUGCUGAUUUUGCUAGACGAGGAUGAUAGCAGCUGUUGCAGUAGCAGCACAUCUCUUCUUGAGUACUUGAGCAUUAAGAACUGUCCGUCGCUCAAAUCCUUAACAUCAGGUGGAGAAUUACCUGCAACACUCAAACUCCUCAGCAUUGACUCUUGUGAAAAGCUGGAGUCAAUAGCAAAGAGCUUCCAUCACAACUCGUCUCUUGAAAAAUUUAUUAUUCACAGUUGUGAAAGCCUUAAAUCCUUACCAAUGGGCAUACACACCCUCGGCCAUCUAGAGGAGAUUGAAAUCAUUUUUUGUCCGACUCUUGUUUCCUUCCCAGACGGAGGGUUACUCCCCGGCAACCUUGGAGAGUUAAGGAUUUUUGAUAUGGCCCUACCCAACUGCAUACACAGCCUCACCUCGCUUCAAAAUUUACAGUUUUGGAGUCGUCCAAGCAUGGUAUCAUCCUUUCCGAAAGAGGGUUUUCCGGUCAACCUAACAUCACUUGAUAUCUGGAAUUGCAACAUCACUGAGGCCUUGCUUGAGUGGGGAUUGCACAAGCUUACUUCUCUUAAACGCCUUAGAAUUAGAGAUGAAUGUCUGCAUCUGGAGUCCUUUCCAAAGAAGAUGAUGCCUGCGUCUCUUACUAGCCUCACCAUCGAACGCUUCCACAAUCUGAAAUACCUGUCUUCCGAAGGCUUUCGAAACCUUGACUCUCUUGAAGAACUGUUAAUCGAUGAGUGUGAAAAUCUCACAUCCUUUCCAGAGGAUGGCUUGCCUCCCUCACUCCAGAAACUCUAUUUCAGACGUUGUCCUCGGCUGAAAGAACGCUGCAAGAAAGAUAAAGGACGGGAGUGGUCCAAGAUAGCCCACAUCCCUUUAGUUGCGAUUGAUCACCGGUUCAUCUAUGACCCAGAAGAGGAGGAAUCAAAGUGAAGGGCUCCCUUACACCCAUUUGCCCAGUUCUAUUUAGUAUUUUGAUGGUAGAGAAGUGUCAUUUCCUUUGUACAGAAUGAACGUCCUGUGAUUGGGUUUCAACAGAGCCGUGGGUGGGUCCACAAUGCAGAUUAUCGCCACGAGCCACACAUCAUUCUGUUCAAGAGGCCUCUAAACCGUUAGCAGCAGGAGGAGAACAUGCACCAUCCCGCACAAAUAUACUUGUAAUCUGUCGAAGUGAAACCGAUGAUUAAGUUGAGUUUAUAUUUGCCUGAGAAACAAUGUGGAUGUUUUGGAACUUGGGUUUCUAUAGUUGUUCAUUUUCCUGUUUGGGAAUUUUAUAAGAGGCUCUUUUGUUUGUGUCUGAAUGUUGGCGUUGGAGAGAUCUUGUUGUAACGUUGUUCCUGUUUCUUAACGUUCUUGUUGGGUUCGCAUAAAUGCAUAACAGUUGUUUGUUGAA